AUGAUAAAAUCUCUGUUCGCGAGACACGGAAUACCAAAGACAGUCAGAUUCGACAACGGACCGCAGUUUAGUAGCCACAAAUUGAAGCAAUUUGCUAAAGCUUGGGGUUUUGAACACACAACGUCAAGCCCUACUUAUCCGAGAAGUAACGGGCUAGUCGAACGUUUUGUACAAACGGUGAAAAAAAUGCUGAAAAAAGCGAAAGAGGAUAGGAAGGAUCAGUAUUUAGCGUUGCUGGAGCUCCGUAACACACCUAUCUCCAAUUGUAUCGAGUCUCCCAAUAGAUUAAUGUUUAACAGAAACGUACGCGGAGUGCUACCUGAUAUCUUAGAGCAUCGACGUCCCGAAAACGAACCGAUCAGAGCCAAGCUAGUCGAAAAACAAACAUCACAAAAAUACUUCCACGAUAAACGAUCACGAAGUCUCCCAGAACUAUCGACAGGCGAAACUGUAAGAAUACAAAAUAAAGAUAAGGCUUGGGAACCCGGAUUAGUUAUUCAUAAAAGCGACAAACCGUGCGCGUACGAAGUUAUGAAAAAGUCUGGAACAAUCCUAACGCGAAACAGAAAGUACCUCAAUCGAGACCAAAACGGAAACUUUCGAGUCAAACACCCUCCAGACUAUUUCGACGAACUCCCUCACAAUGAGGAGACGAAUCGCGAAAACGAGAACACCUUCGGCGAAACUCGUGAAGUAGAACAACAGCUUCCUACUGAAAUUGCAGCAAAUCCCGAAACAACGGAAAAACAUGCUCCACCGCCUCGGGCAACUACUCGUAGUGGACGUGCAAUUAUCCGACCCGGCUAUCUUAAAGAUUAUAUUACUUAA